AUGUUCGAUUUGAAUUUUCUACAUUGGUUUCUUGUCGUUUUUUUAUUCGCUUUAGGAACUACAUACCUUUGGAUGCGGAACAAAUUUAAGUAUUGGACCAAAUAUAAUAUAGACAGUUUGACCCCUACAUUUCCCUUUGGAAAUUUUGGGCCAAUGAUGGUCGGAAAAGAGUCUAUAGGUAUGUCUGUACAAAAAACAUACAAUGCUUGUAAAAAUUCCGGCAAGUAUUGUGGAUAUUUUUUAUUUGGAACUCCAGGCUUAGUAGUGACAGAUCCGGAAGCUAUAAAGAUAAUUAUGGUCAAAGAUUUUCAAUUUUUUCAUGAUCGCGGAAUUUUUUACAAUGAGAAGCAUGAUCCAAUAUCAGCGAAUCUUUUCGCCAUAGAAGGUGAUAAGUGGAGAAAGCUACGCGCAAAAUUAUCGCCAACUUUUACGUCAGGAAAACUGAAGACUAUGUUUUAUACGAUGCUGGAGAGUGUCAGUGAACUGCAAAUGUAUAUUCAAUCAGCUAUUCAAAGUCAAUCGGAAUUAGAAAUCAAAGAUAUUUUGGCUCGCUUUACAACGGAUAUUAUUGGUUCGUGCGCACUUGGAAUACAAUGCAAUUCUUUAAAAAAUCCUAAAGCCGAGUUUAGAGAAAUUGGUGAAAAAAUCAUGACUCCCAGUAUUUGGCAGACAAUUAAAGGCGCUUUUGCUAUGACAUUUAGAACUUUUGCAAGGCAUCUUAGAAUUGUAACAAAUGAUUCCGAAGUUAGUCAUUUCUUUUUGCAUACGGUCCAGAACACAAUACGCUACAGGAAAAAUAAUAAUAUAGAGCGAAAAUACUUUAUGCAAUUGCUUUUAAAACUUAAAGAUGAUAACACAAAUGGUGACGAUUCGCAGACAUCUUUGACGAUGGAGGAAAUAGCCGCACAGGCGUUUAUUUUUUUCCUUGGAGGCUUUGAAACAUCUUCAUCGGCGAUGAGCUUCUGUUUGUUCGAAUUGGCAUUGAAUCCAGAAAUACAAACACGCGCUAGGGAUGAAAUUAAUCGAGUAACAAACAAAAACAGCGGAAAAAUUUCUUAUGAGGCUUUAGUUGAAAUGGUAUACUUGGAUAUGGCUAUUAGUGGCGCAAUUACUGACAGCCCACAAUCGUCAGAUGCGUGCGCAGACUGCAUCAACUGUCAGAGACAUGCUGACUCUAUUUUAUUACAUUGUGACAAGUUAAGGGUGAUGAUGGCCCCUUUCUGGGGAUUGCAACGACUGCCAAAUAUUACAUCUUAG